CCAAUGAUUCCCACCUGUUUUUGAAUGAUUUGAAACCACCUGUCAACUGUGGUGGUGCAAAAUCCAGGAGAGAGAAUGUGGAAAAUGGAGGUCAGAGUUUUUACAGUUUUGAAAGAAAAUAGAAAAGCUAAAAAUAGUGAGAGAUGUGAAGAGAAAGAUGUCUCCUUUCUGUUGGAGAGAGAGAGAGAGAGAGAGAAAGAACAACAAAGGAUCAGAAGAGAGUCUUGUAGGUGAUCCGUAGGAAGACAAGAAAGGUGUUCUAAAGAGGAAAAAAAGGAAUUUCUGUGAAGUUCCCUCCCUCUCUACCUUUUUCUUUUCUCUUAAUACAAAUUAUAAUUUUAUUUGAAGAAAGCGGAAAGAGAAGAGAAUUUAGAAGAUGUGGAUGCCAAAAGUUGAGGAAGAGAAGAAAGAUUCAAAUGGGAUUGUAGCAGUUGCAGUAGACAAAGAUAAAAGCAGCCAAUAUGCGCUAAAAUGGGCUCUUGAUCAUCUCUUAGGCAGAGGUCAAACUGUUACAUUAAUCCAUGUCAAACAGAAAAGUGCUCCUAUUCCAUCAGGACCCAAUGAUGUCAUUUCCCCCUUCAAACCAUCUGAUGCUGUAAAUAAGGAAAUUUUUCUUCCCUUUCGAUGCUUCUGUUCACGAAAAGAGAUAAAAUGUCAUGAUGUUGUACUUGAAGAGCUGGAUAUAGGAAAAGCUAUAUCGGAGUAUGUUUCCCAUUCUGGAAUUGACACAUUAGUUCUUGGAGCUGCAUCGAGGAAUUCCUUUCUCAGAACGUUUAAGCCUACAGAUGUGCCAACGGUGGUCACAAAGUCAGCACCAGAUUUCUGCACUGUCUAUGUUAUCUCUAAAGGAAAGGUUUCAUCUGUAAAAACUGCCUCUAGAGCUGCCCCGAGUGUUGUCCGUCCUAAAAUCCAAACACAGACCCAGGAAGUCGCAAGAGUUCCUGAACCACCUGAAGCACAGUUUACCCGCAGUACUACACCAAGAGCUCCUCAAACACCUAUGGAGCAACGUAGUUUCCAAGACGAGUUGGAUGCAAUCAGGUCACCAUUCGGCAGAGCAGGAGGGAGAGGCCAUCCUGAAAGACCUUACGGGGAGUAUUCAAAUCCUGAUACUGACAUAUCAUAUGUUAGCUCUGGGAGGCCUAGUGUUGACCGCAUGUUCCCCUCACUAUACGAUAAUUUCGACCCUGUCCGGACUCCACCCAGAUUAUCAAACAGCUCAGACAUGGAUGGUCGGAAAAGCUUUGAGUCACUGCGAAUGGGAGGACCUAGGUCGGGAGAUCUCCAAUAUUCAAGUGAUUUCUCAAUGAUCUCACAGGACAGCAAGAUGUCAUCAAGUUCAUCCAACAUGGACGAGGUUGAGGCUGAGAUGAGGAGGUUAAAGUUAGAGCUGAAGCAAACUAUGGAUAUGUACAGUUCAGCUUGUAAAGAAGCACUCUCAGCUAAGCAAAAGGCAAUGGAGCUCCACCGAUGGAAAAUGGAGGAGGAGCACAGGUUGCAUGAGGCGCGAAUGGCCGAGGAAACUGCAUUAGCAAUGGCACAGAAAGAAAAAGCUAAGUGCAUGGCAGCAUUAGAGGCGGCAGAAGCAGCACAGAGGAUUGCAGAACUAGAAGCACAUAAAAGAAUGAGUGCAGAAUUGAAGGCUAUGAAAGAAUCAGAGGACAAGAAAAAGGCUCUAAAUGCUCUUGCACAUUCAGAUUUGCGGUAUAGAAAAUAUACAAUCGAGGAAAUUGAAGAAGCAACCGAGUGUUUUGCAGAAAAUCGGAAGAUUGGGGAAGGUGGUUAUGGACCAGUAUACAAAUGUUAUCUGGAUCACACACCAGUUGCUAUUAAGGUUCUUCGUCCGGAUGCUGCUCAAGGAAGAUCACAGUUUCAGCAAGAGGUUGAAGUACUGAGCUGCAUACGACAUCCAAACAUGGUUCUUCUCCUAGGUGCCUGCCCCGAGUAUGGCUGUCUAGUCUACGAGUACAUGGCCAAUGGAAGCUUAGAUGAUUGUCUUUUCAGACGAGGAAAUGGACCAAUUCUCUCUUGGCAACUUAGGUUUCGAAUUGCAGCAGAAAUUGCAACAGGGUUGCUCUUUCUACAUCAAACUAAGCCAGAGCCCUUGGUACACCGUGACUUAAAACCAGGCAACAUAUUACUAGAUCGCAAUUAUGUUAGCAAAAUUAGUGACGUUGGGCUUGCUAGACUUGUCCCUCCAUCUGUGGCCAACACUGUGACGCAAUACCGCAUGACAUCUACGGCUGGGACAUUCUGUUACAUUGAUCCCGAGUAUCAGCAAACAGGAAUGCUCGGCAUAAAAUCCGAUGUAUACUCUCUGGGUAUCAUGCUUUUACAAAUAAUAACAGCGAAGCCACCUAUGGGUUUGACACAUCAUGUCGAGCGGUCUAUUGAAAGGGGACAAUUUGCAGAGAUGUUGGACCCUGACGUGCCCGACUGGCCAGUUGAAGAGGCGAUGGUGUUUGCCAAGCUUGCACUCCAGUGUGCUGAGUUAAGGAGAAAAGACCGUCCAGAUCUCGGAAAAGUUGUCUUACCUGAGCUCAAUAGAUUGAGAGGACUUGCUGAAGAUAACAUGGACCAUAUAAUGAUAGGUGGAACUGGAGGAGGAUACUCAUCCUCUAGCUACAGCCAAGUUUCCUCUGUUCUCCAGGAGAUGAUGAGCGACCCUCUUUACACACAAUCUGGAUAUGACAGUUCAAGGAGCCGGACAAGCGUAGCGUCUAUGAGGUGACCGACUAAUUGAUCAAUCAAGUUACAUAUAAGAGGAGCUAUCUUUUCCUUUUGUUUGUUGCUGACAUCUACUCUACCGUAUUAAGGAAAAUCGGAAGAGAUCAGUAUGUUUAUUAUAUUGUAGUUGAAUGCUGGCUUAGUGUGAAUAAAUUUUGUCAACUCAUACAAGGAUGCAUAUAACUGAGAAAAGUUAAAUCA